AUUAAGAUACAAACUCAUUUGCAAUAUUCAGCAUUGCUAAUUAAAUUACAUUAAUCUAUAUGUACACUUUAAAGGAAUGUCUACUGUUGAACAUCACUAUCGAUCACUAUUGUGUUUAAAAGUUUUCUGAAAUAAGAUGAACUAAAAUGGCGUCUGAAGUUUUCGGAAAAGUAGAGUAUGUGCUGAAUCGACGGAAUUGGCGUUGUUAGCAUCACUGGGAUCACUGGUGCAUGGGGACACAUGAACCCAUCUUGGAUGGGGGGAACGGGAAGUGUUGCCUUUCAUAGUACUUGACAGCUGGGCUCGUACUCCAUCAAAAUCCACAUUCUCAGACGUCAAAAAUGGAUAAACUGAGAAGAGCCCUAAGUGGCGAUGACAGCCAACGUGAAGAACAAAGUGGAAUUAUGCCUCAGCUGUUAGAGUCGACGACACUAAGCUGGGAAACGAGAAUAAAAGGAUUUAUUAUCUGUUUUGUCAUCGGUGUGUUAUGUUCUGUUCUGGGAUCUCUGUUCUUGUUCAUGCAUAAGGGCAUGGCACUAUUUGCAGUAUUUUACACAUUAGGCAACAUUGUCUCCAUAGCAAGUACAUGUUUCCUUAUGGGUCCCGUGAAUCAAGUGAAGAAAAUGUUUGCUCCAACACGAGUAAUAGCCACUGUUUUGGUCAUUGUAAUGUUUGGACUCACACUGUUUGCAGCUCUUUGGCUGCAGAAAGCUGGACUAGCAUUGCUGUUUGUGAUCAUCCAGUCUCUAGCAAUGACAUGGUACUCCCUGUCAUAUAUUCCCUAUGCGCGUGAUGCUGUAAAGAAGACAGUCUCUGCAUGUAUUGCCUAAAACAGAACAUCUGAACAACAAUAUUGACGGUGGAAGUUCGCUAUGAAAAUACCAUUGAAGUUAUUUCAAGAAGGCAGUGUCAGCUACUAAUGCUAUAAGUGUGGUAAUCUUUGUUCAGAUUUAUAUCAGGUGUUAUGUCAGAAAUCUUCCUCCAAUUACUGGAACCAUGAGGUUCUCUGUACUGAAUGUGAUGUGUUAGACUAGUAUUUUGUGCCUUAAACUAGGGCUUUAAGAUCAUAUAUGGUCAUAUAUAAAUUUGUUUUUGGACUUUGCAUGGUUCACUGUGAUCGAUUAAUAUUUUUAAGAAGAAUGUAUGUUAUGUAUGUCUUUAAAGUAUGUUUCAGUUAAGUUGUGACACUAUAAUGUAAGUAUAUUACUGAGUGACUGUAUUCUUGUCAGUUUUGAUGUUGAUGUUUAGAUAUGAAUGUUUAUGAAUUAAGAAUGUCAGAAUCAUUGAAAAAAAUUACAUUUCAUAACAGAAAAGAUUGUAAAAUAACUUUGCCACAGUACUUUCAAAGGAAGGACAUAUCCUGUGCUAAAUAGGCUUAAAUAUACUUUUGAAAAAACUUUUUAACCAAAAAAGGGUUAAAUGUAUAUUUUGUGUAUAUCUUAAUAGUGUAAGUCAAUUCUAAGGGGUUCUUACAGUGGUAAAUUGCACUUGUAAUUACUAAAUUUGUGGAUUUUGUCAGUUGUCUAACAUUCUGAAGGAACACAACAUUUUG